AUGUCAGGGAAUGCUGAUAGCUACAACAGAAGGGACUCCUUUACCGAACUCGACGAUGGUCUCGAAGGAGUUGAUGAUUUUACCCAUGAACCAAAUCCUUUCGAUGAUGUGAUAUCAGAUGAUUAUGAUGCAAAGAAGAAACCACCAGGAUAUGGUAACGUCGCCGAUACGGUAUCAUUACCUCCUGGCUAUGAGGAAACUAUGGAGGUUCCGCAACGUCCCGCGGAAGGUCCCUCGAGUAAUCAAGCAGCUGCUGGAACGCUUCCUCCGGGUCUAUUCAACUACCUGUCGCAAUACUUCGAGCUGGAUGAUCAAGAGUUGAAGAAACGUCUUUACAGUGCGAUAGCGUUCAAACUCGAAUCAAUAGCUGAUCUAGAGAACCGUGCUCCAGAUGACGCGAAGCCGGAUCUUUAUAGUCCGGUGUGGAUCUUUGGUACCAUUGUGAUGACGAAUUUUAUCGGCAGCCGGCUUUUUGAGGUAAUAGUGAAUGGCGUCAUAAGAGGAGUUUACUGGCAGGAGGAUUCGAACAAGGUAUUCGGCGGCGCAAGGUUCAUCCGCUCCUUUUGGUUGUAUUUGAUCUACGGCUUUCUCGUACCGUUGGUUAUAGCCAAGACUUAUCUGCACCGCAAAGACAGCGUCGCGGAGUUAAUCUCAACGUAUGGCUAUUCGUUACUGGUGUGGAUACCGCUCGGGUUGCUAAUCGAUCUGAGUAACGCUUUCCAAACUCUUUUACCAAAAUAUGUGCUGUCUCUGAUCAAAUGGGUGUUUGUGACAAUAGCCUUCAUGAAGAGCUCUCUGUUCCUGUACAGAAAGAUGAACACCGAAGACGAAUCUGACCAGCUGGUCAAAUGGCCAGUCAUCGGUCUCAACGCGAUCAUGUGCAUCGUCGCUAGGUUCUUGUUGUAUCAUUCGUAA